AUGAUUCCAGGAAAAUUUAUUGAUAAUCUGCCUGUAUAUACGGAAAGUGAUGUUGCUCAACAUAAAACUCCUGAAACUAGAAUUUGGGUAAUUUUCAAAAAUGGAGUUUAUGAUGUUACCGACUUUGUGGAACAACAUCCAGGAGGAACAAAAAUAUUAUUGGCUGCAGGGUCAUCAAUCGAACCCUUUUGGGCUUUGUAUGCUCAACAUCAUACUGCUGAGGUAUAUGGAAUGUUAGAACAGCUAAGAAUUGGCAAUAUUAAGAUUGAUGAAAAAAAACUUGAUGAUAGUUCUUUAGAUCCGUAUGGUAAAGAUCCUAAGAGACAUCCAGUAUUAAAAGCUGCAUCUAUCAAACCGUUUAAUGCUGAACCACCAUCUUCUUUAUUAGUGGACAAAUUCUACACUCCAAGUCCAAUUUUUUAUGUAAGAAACCAUCUUCCAGUUCCUGAAGUUGAUGUAGAUCAGUUUAAAUUAGAAAUUAAAGGAAUUGGAAUAGAAGAUAAAUCGUUUACUCUUGAUGAAAUCAAAAAGUUUCCUAAAUAUACUAUUGCUGUAACCAUACAAUGUGCUGGAAACAGGCGGUCUGAAAUGUCUAAGAUAAAACAAGUCAAAGGUUUGACCUGGGACCAUGCAGCUAUUGGAAAUGCUACCUGGUCUGGUGCCAGACUUGUUGACGUAUUAAAAUCUUGUGGUUUAGAUUUUAAUCGUACAGAUAUCGAACAUGUUCAAUUUGAAGCUCUGGAUACAGGACCAGACAAAGUAGCUUAUGGUGCUUCAAUACCUGCAGACAAAGCUUUUGACCCAAAUGGAGAUGUAAUAUUAGCUUAUGAAAUGAACAAUGAAGUACUUCCUAGGGACCACGGUUAUCCUCUCAGAGUUAUUGUACCUGGAGUUGUGGGAGCCCGAAAUGUUAAAUGGCUCACUAGAAUAAUAUUAUCAGAAAAAGAAAGUGAUUCACAUUGGCAGCAAAACGAUUACAAAGGAUUUAGUCCAAGCACUGACUGGGAUACUGUAGAUUUCAAAUCUGCUCCUGCCAUUCAAGAGCUACCCAUAAUAUCAGCUAUUUGUAUUCCUGCCGAGGAUGAAAAAGUCGAACUUAUUGACGGCUGUAUUGUAGUUAAAGGCUAUGCUUGGUCAGGAGGUGGAAAGCGUAUUGUCAGAGUUGAUGUUACUUCAGAUCAGGGAAAAACAUGGCACGUAGCUGAUUUAGAACAAAUUAAUGAAAAAAAUAGUCGGCAUUGGUCGUGGACUUUGUGGACCAUACUUUUACCCGUUCCUGAAGGAGAAGAAACGGUAGAAAUCUGGGCAAAAGCUGUUGAUUCAGCUUAUAAUACCCAACCGGAAGGAAUUGAAAAUAUUUGGAAUUUAAGAGGAGUUCUUAAUAAUGCGUAUCAUAGAAUAAAAGUUCGUAUAAUAAGAGAUGUCGAAUAA